UAUACAUCCAGGAGUGGAAUUGAUGGGUCAUAUGGUAGUUCUAUUUUUAGUUUUUUAAGAAAUGUCCAUACAGUUUUCUAUAGCGGCCACACCAAUUUACAGUCCACCAACAGUGUAUGAGGGUUCCCUUUUCACCACAUCCUCACCAACGUUUGUUAUUUGUGUUCUUUUUGAUGAUAACCAUCCUGACAAGUGUGAGGUGAUAUCUCAUUGUGGUUCUGAUUUGCAUUUUCCUGAUGAUUAAUGAUGUUGAGCAUCUUUUCAUGUGACUGUUGGCCAUCUGCAUGUUUUCUUCGAAAAAAUAUCUGUUGAGGUCUUUGCCCAUUUUUAAAUCAGGUUGUUUGCUGUUUUGGUGUCCAGUUGUAGGAGACGUUUAUAUAUUUUGGGUAUUAACUCCUUAUCGGCCAUAUCAUUUACAAAUCUCUUCUCCCAUUCAGUAGGUUGUCUCUUUUUUUUUUUUUUUUCUGGUGGCACCACACAGCUUUCGGGAUCUUAGUUCCCCAACCAGGGAUGGAAUCCAUGCCCCCUUGCAAUGGAAGCGCAAAGUCAUAAACCACUGGACCGCCAGGGAAUUCCCUUAGUAGGUUGUCUUGUCGUUUUGCUGAUGGUUUCCUUUGCUGUGCAAAAGCUUUUAAGUAUAAUUAGGUCCCAUUUGUUUACUUUUGCUUUUAUUUCCUUUGCUUUAGGAGACAGAUCCAAAAAAAUACUGCUGCGAUUUAUGUCAGAGUGUUACGCCUAUGUUUUCUUCUAGGAAUUUUAUGGUUUCCAGUCUUACAUUUAGGUCUUUAAUCCAUUUUGCGUUUAUUUUUGUAUAUAGUGUUAGAGAAUGUUCUAACUUCAUUCUUUUACACGUAACUGUCCAGUUUUCCCAGCACCACUUAUUGAAGAGGCUCUUUUCUCCAUUGUGUGCUCUUGGCUCCUUUGUUGUAGUUUAAUUGACCGUAAGUGUACACACCUUUCUUCUUUCACUUAACAAUAUACUUGGAAAUUUUUCCAUAUUUGUACAUCAAGAGCUUCCUUAUUCUUUUUCACCAGGUUAAAUCUCAUUGCGUGUACGUACCAUAAUUUGUUUAACUGGCCCCUAACUGAAAGACCAUUAAGCUGUUUCCUAGACAAAGCCUCCAGCCUUCCUUGACAGAGCGGCUGAUCAAGCAGUCAGGACGGGCUUAUAAAAAAGUGUGCGGAGGUGGGGAGACACUCUACCAUCCCAGGUGGACUGAAGGCAGAGAAGUGUGUGGACAUGGCCUGGCGGAUGACACAGUUGCUGCUUCUGGCUUUGGUGGCUGCUGCACGGGGUGCCCAGCCCAGGAUUUCACAGGCCAGGACAGACCGGCUCAACGUCUGCAUGGAUGCCAAGCACCACAAGACAAAGCCAGGCCCUGAGGACAAGCUACAUGACCAGUGCAGUCCCUGGAAGAAGAACGCCUGCUGCUCCGUCAACACCAGCCAAGAAGCCCAUAAGGAUAUUUCCUACCUGUACAGAUUCAACUGGGACCACUGUGGCAAGAUGAAGCCCGCCUGCAAGCGCCACUUCAUUCAGGACACCUGCCUCUACGAGUGCUCGCCUAACCUGGGGCCCUGGAUCCAGGAGGUGAACCAGAGCUGGCGCAAAGAACGGUUCCUGAACGUGCCCCUCUGCAAAGAGGACUGUCAGAUCUGGUGGGAAGACUGCCGCACCUCCUACACCUGCAAGACCAACUGGCACAAGGGCUGGAACUGGACCUCAGGGUAUAACCAGUGCCCAGUGAGAGCUGCCUGCCACCGCUUUGACUUCUACUUCCCCACGCCUGCUGCUCUGUGCAAUGAAAUCUGGAGUCACUCCUACAAAGUCAGCAACUAUGGCCGGGGCAGCGGCCGCUGCAUCCAGAUGUGGUUCGACCCGGCCCAGGGCAACCCCAACGAGGAGGUGGCGAGGUUCUACGCUGAGACCACAAAUUCUGGGGCCAUGCCCCAGGGGAUUGGACCUCUCCUGCUCAACCUGACCCAGAUACUGCAACGCUGGUUCCUUGGCUAAGCUGUUUCCACUGCUGACACCUGGAUAACUUCCUUGCCUGCACCCAACCUCAGCUCAGCCCAGCUCCACUCUCUCAGAUGAGAAGGACCCACAAUACCCUGGUCAUUGGUUCCUGAUCCAAGGUCCUACAGGGAUCCUCUGCCAGCCUAUUCUAAUAGAUAUAUCUAUUGUGUCCUGU